AUGGACCCGAGCGAUUUUGCUUCUCAUCUAUUAAAUGAUUACUCCGGUACCCUAUCGCCAGGGUACCACGCUAUCUGCGACACAGUUACGCCAAGCUUCGCGCAAUAUGUGCAACCACAGACUCCUCGGACACCUCGUAGGGGAUCCACUGUGCACGGUGGUACCAGCGCCCAUGCCACACCUAACUACGAUGGAGCGUCAGGUUCAGAGCCCAACCAAGCCUUCCAAACACCUAUGCAAACGGAAAACACAGGGCUUCUGGCCUAUACCCUACCAGCUCAGACAAUGAUAGGUAGAAUCAAAACCCUUGAAGCCCAGGUUAAAUCUAUGACAGAAAUCGAUGGCCAUGUGGGUAGCCCUAAAAAUAAGCUGAACUUACAUUUGGUUGCUCUCGCUGACACUGGAAAAAGAGACCCCUCCGAAAACCAAUCGAUUACGCAAAAGUUUGCUGUUCAUGAAGCAAGCAUGUUGGCCCUGGGAACAAAUACAGAAAGAGUAUACAAGGAACUGACAGAUGUCAGAACAGAACAGAAGGCAGACCGAAGCAUGUUGGAAGGACUUCGGGAGCAAAUUGAGUCCCUACGGAGCGAACUGAGAAUUUUCCAGUCAACGGUGGGAACAGAAGAUAUAGCCAAACCAGAUCCUAAUGGUUCUGUGAGGGCACAAGAACAAGCAGCAACAUAUUUUCGUGGGCGACAGCAGAAAACCCACCGAACCAGUCUCGUAACCAGUAACCAGAAGGACGAAAAAAUGGCAACAUCAACCUACACCCAGCAACACAUGCACUUCGCUGGGAGGUGCCAGCAAUGCGCGGAAACAGAAACGACCCGCACUCUCCUAGAGAUGGAGCUACAGGCUCUCUCAACCGAAAACAUCAAGCUUCGAGAGGAACUUGGCCGCGAACACAAAAGAAUGAUUGAAUCCAUAGAUGCCCUGCACCAGCAAUAUGAGGAAAAAAUUCAAAAACUCAAUAAGGAACAUCUAAAAAGCCAAAAGAAAACCCUGGAAGACAUUUUCAACCUACAUACCCGCAACCUAGACAUCCGAAAUAAUCACACCGAUACCAUGCUCUCGAACGAGAUCUCGAUGUUGAAGGUCCGCGGUCGCACCAGACCGAACCGGUGUCUUUCUCAAUCACGCGCGAGCCAAGGGCGACAAGAAGACACCGACUACUCUCCCAAAGUCUCUGAAAUAGCGAGAACCCCCGAGGCCUCUAUCGACAAACAGAUUUCCCAAUGCUAG